GGCACCGGGAGGGGAACUGGGACGCGGCUGUGGCCGCCGCCGCCUGAGGCGUUGGACCCCCGCGAGGAGCAGCCCGCGCCUCUCACCCUUCCCUCCCUUCCCCACCUCAGGCCGCCGUCCGCCAGCCCCGGCUCCCGACGGACAAUGUCCCACCAGCGCGUGAGGCGCGGCGGCUCCCCGACCCCCGCCACCUCCCUAGCGGGGGCAGGCGGCGCGGCGGCGGCGGCGGGCGGCGGCGGAGCGGGAGCGAGCAGCCGCCUCCAGCCCAUGCGGGCCACGGUGCCCUUCCAGCUCAAGCAGCAGCAGCAGCAGCAGCAACAACAUGGCAGCCCCACGAGGAGCGGCGGCGGCCCGGGCGCGGGGCUCCCACGCGCGGCCCCCCCCGGCAGCGGCGGCCGCGGCGGCCCCGCCACGGCCCCGCCGGGGGGAGCGGGGGGCAGCGCCGCCGCCGCCUCCUCGCGGGGCAGCCCCACGCGUGGCCAUGGCGGGGCACGGGGCAGCCCCCCGCGGCACCACCACCUGCCGCCGCCACCCCCGCCGCCGCCGCCGGGCUGCGGGCCCUCGCCGUGCUCAUCGCCCGUGUCCCCGCUGCCGGAGGGCAGGGUCCGGCACCACCGGCGGCAGUCGCCGGAGCCGGGAAGGAGCUCCCCCGAGAGGAAGAGCCCCAGCUCCCCUGUCUGCAAAGCAGACAAAUCAAGACCACCGUCAUCCAGCCCUUCCAGUAUUGUUCGCCGGACUUCCUCACUGGACACACUUGCUGCUCCUUACCUUGCUGGACAGUGGCCUCGGGAUAAUCACGGACAAGCUGCUCCAUGUAUGAGAGACAAAGCCACACAGACAGAAAGUGCCUGGGCUGAAGAGUAUUUAGAAAAGAAGAGAAGCUCACACAAACGUUCAUCAUCAUGGGGCAGCAAUGAACAACUCAAGGAGAUUGCAAAAUUGCGUCAGCAACUGCAGAGGAGCAAACACAGCAGUCGGCACCACCGCGAUAAGGAGAGACAGUCUCCAUUUCAUGGUAACCAUGCAGCCAUUAACCACAGUCAGGCUCCCAUUCCCAAGAGUGCUCUCGUUCCUGUGAUACCUAUUGCCAAAUCAACAGGAUCACGAUUCCGAAACAGUGUAGAAGGACUGAAUCAGGAGAUUGAGAUAAUAAUUAAGGAGACGGGAGACAAGGAGGAACAGCUUGUUCCUCAAGAUAUUCCAGAUGGGCACCGUGCCCCACCUCCGGUGGUUCAGCGCAGCAGCAGCACCCGGAGCAUCGAUACCCAAACGCCUGGGGGGGCAGACAAGGGCAGUAACAACAGCAGCCGCUCCCAGUCAGUGUCUCCAACCUCCUUCCUUACCAUCUGCAACGAAAGCAGUGAGGAAAGUCCAUGUUCUGCAGAUGAUCUUCUUGGUGAUUCCAGAGAUAAAGAGAAUGGGAAUAAUUCUCCUUUGCCAAAAUAUGCUACCUCACCAAAACCCAACAACAGCUACAUGUUCAAGCGUGAACCUCCUGAGGGCUGCGAAAAGGUGAAAGUCUUUGAGGAAAACUUGCCAAAGCCAUUGCAUGAAAUUCCAGCUUUCUAUUGCCCUGACAAGAACAAAGUGAAUUUCAUUCCGAAAAGUGGCUCUGCUUUCUGUCUUGUCAGCAUCCUCAAGCCACUUCUUCCCACACAGGAUCUCACACUUAAGGGCACUACACACAGCCUGACUGUCUCCUCCAGCAUGACGCCCGGUUUGUUACAACCCAUUUCCAUGGCCGCCUUGACUACAAACACAGAUCAAGAUAGGAUCUCUCGUGGAACAAGUACAGUAAUACCACAGUCCUCUCUGCUCCAGCCAGCAGGAUGUAUUGAGGAAGCUGAAGAAUAGGGAAGGUUCUUUUAUACUUGGCUGGUUUACAGCUGAUGGGACCAAAGGAUUGCUGAAUUACUUCAGCAGUCUCAAAUUAUGUGACCUUGCUGAACAGCCUCAGCCCUAAACAAAACAAGACAAGUUAAUAUGUUUGAAACUUUUAAAACAGAAGAGUAUGCAAAAAAAAAGGUGUUAGUAUAUAGUGUACAUUUUUUUGAUAUUGAAAAUUUGUGCUUCUGGUAAGUCACAUUCUUAAAACUCCUUCCUUCACAGAAUUCCUACUACUGUUGGCUUAUUGGCUGGAAAAUUGCAUUUUAAAGCACUUGCCCCAGUAUUGUUCUAUAUGUUCAUAGAAUUUUUGUGCAGAGGUAGGGAAAAAAACAUAUUGUCCUCUUACUUGGUAUUCUUUCUUCCAGAAAGUACUUGGCUCUUACAGGCUUGCUUGACUACUUGCAAAGUUAGUCAGCCUGAAUCAUUAAUCACUCUUGGUACAAAUUUGCUCUGACAUGACUCAUCACUGUAUUAUAGACCCUGGCCACGUAAUACUGAAAUACCUGUGCAUGGUUUCCUCUCUGUUGUCAUAGUGGUGUUUGUGUGUCCGUUGAAGGUGAUGGUUUGUCAGGCAUGAUAUCUGUUAUGCAGAAGUUUACAGCAGCAGAAACGUUCUCCCUUUUUGACUAGCAACUUAGGUUGGCAUGUAAAACGGAGGAUUUUUUUUUUUUUUUUUUAAUAUUUGGUCUGUCCAGAAAAUGCAGCAGUUAACAGUUCCUUUGAAAUGACAAUAAAAGGUGAAAAUGGGGGUAAAGGCAGUUGCAAACAGAAACUGCUCAGGAACUUCAGCAGUGAGGUUCCUUAUGUGUUCCUGGAGUUCGUUACUUGGGUUUGCGUAAAUACAAUAUUGAUAUGCAAAAACCUGCAACGACCUGAACACCAGUGUCAUAUCAGCUUACAACACUGACCUUGCACCUCUUUUACGGAGUUAGAUUUGGUAAUUUCCAAGUGUCAUCCUGGGCAAUGUCUUGGUCUGAAUAUCGGUCUGUUACGAGCAGUUCUCACUGGCUUCCACAUGCACAGCUUUCACCAAUCUGUUUCAUACUCAGGUCUCCUCAUAAUGGCAACUAUUUAAAGAUGAUACUGCAAAUGUAAAAGUUUUGUUCAGUGAUUAAUAUGAUGAAUUUGCUUGGGAGCAAAAAAACCUGCAUAUGUGUGCAGAGAAUAAUCAUCGUUUCUAUAAACGUUUGCUGUUCCUCUCAAUCCUCUAUAAGUAACUAUGACAGCAGUGUACUUUACCCAGCAAGUAUAAGUCAUACUAGAACGUGAAAGUCCUGUGUUUGUGGUAUAAUAAACCUAUUCUUACAACAUUAUGCAAAAAAUCAGUAAAUGAAAAAUUACCAGGAAGCAUUAAAAUGUUACACCUGUUAAAUUAGCAAACAAACAGAAUUUGGCUUACUUUCUAUCUUCCCCUUGAAAACAAAUAGGAUUGUUUUGAAGUAACAGUUCUGAUUUGCACUGACAUUGUCAGUUAUCUGAAGUUGUUCAGGAACAGUGUUUUAAAAUAAACUGUUUAUUAAAUUUGAUGAUUUGUGCAUCAGAUUUAUGUAACUUUGCCAGUUGAUAAUUCUUUUCUAGGCUUUGUGGAUAUUAAUUAGUUUCUUCUGAAACACUACAGUGCAAUUUGAAAUCUAAAAUUUACUGCUUUAGGUAGUUUUUUUUUUAAAAAAAAAAACCUGUUGUGACUGAAUUGAGAUCAUAUUCAGGUGAAGGAAGUGCUUGUAAGCCUGUUUUCUAUUUCUGUAACAGUAGCGUGUAAAGAACUUUUCCAUCAUUGCCAAACUGCCUAGUGCUUUAUUAGGAGAUCUUAACUGAAUGGUUAAGAACCAAAGGGCUAAAGUUAACAAAUAGCCUUUAUUACAGCCUUGACACUUAACUGACUUCACCAAAACUGCAUUCUGAUGUUCGUUUUCAUCACAGAGUGACUCUCCCAAUAGCAGUGCGCUUUUGUACCGUAGGACUUUCUUUGGCACCUGUUGUUGUAGUACUUCAAGUAUCUCUUCGGUAGUUUACCUUGUAUGUUAUUGGACAAUGUACUGUAUGAAUUAGUGAGCUGCUCUGAUAAGAACCAAAUGCAAAUGUGUCAAGUUUUUGCUUUUUGUAAAGAAAAAAAAAAAAAACACACAAAAAAACCAACUGCAUUCAGGAUAACAUUCAGUCUUUUUUUAUAUGCAGGACAGCUCUACUAUUGCUUGGCAGCUGGACUUUAUUAUGAAUCCACACUAAAGACUCAGAAUUAAGAAAAUACGACAGCUUUGUUCUGAGACCAUCUUUGACAAGUGUGCAGACAAAAAAUUAGCCUUAAACUUUUUAUGUGCUGUCUUGUGCCAUAGCAUAGCUGUAUGAUAAAGUAUUUAAAUCUAUUUCAAAUAGCUUUGAGAGUGCAUGGAGCUUUUUAAAAAUUCUUUUAUGUAUAGAGUGGAAUAUCCAAUUUUUGGAGGAGUUGACCUUGCAUUGCUCAAGCAGAGUUUUACUGAAAGAGUCCAAAUUCUUUUGGCAUACUUAAAAUCCUAACUAUGCAUAGACCUAGUCAGUUCCUUGACUGCCUAGUUUUUAGCUUAAGAAAAAAUCAAGGUCUAUUUUUAUGCACAACUUGACACACUUGAUAUUCUUGUGUUCUUGGUGUUUUACACUUCUAGCCACAUUUAAAGGCUGGUAGCACUGUUCAGUGACAGUUGAUUUUAGAUACACUGAAUCAUGCUACUCCAGUUGUAAAUUCUACUUAAGUUACAAGGAAGGAGUUCAUUGUAAUGAAGUCCAUGGUGACAGCUAUGAUUAUUGGAAUCUUUUUUUCAAAAACACAGACUUCUUUGUUUAAAUUUAACUUGCAUCAGCUAUUCUUUACUUGCUUGGUGCCAUAAUCCUGUAGCAUUUAAAUUCCUGGAAAAGUAACAGAUAAUGCUUGAGUUCAUACAUUUUGGAAAGAAAUUCUUGGUUUCAGGUACAUAUCCCGAGUGAGGAAAAAAAGGGAGUGAAAAUUAAAUAUUGCAUACUGUGGAAGUAAAUGAUUGCUGUGUUUGACUUACAUGAAGCAAUAGCAGCUCUUUAAAAGUAUGUUUAGUCUCAGGGCUAUUUUUUGAUUUGUUCUGAAAUACAAUUUCCUGGAAUUCAGAGUCUGAGACUUUUGGAAAACACUGAAGCUGAGCCUUUUGGGAAGCAGAAAACAAAGUCAUAUCCAUUAACCUUUCUUCUGCCUCAGGCCUAACUUGUUGUUGCUUAUUGAGUUUAAUAGAAUUCAGUGGUACAGCAAUAAUUCCUGACUGGAGUUUAAUCUGUUCUCUCCCUGCCAUCUCUGAAAUGCUGACUGAUGUCUUCCCAGUAACUCGGUGCCAGGGAUGUCCAUAUUUCCUUGCUGAAUGUUUUCUUGCCGAGUAGCUGACAGCUUCUCCAUGAAGCUGGGGGUUUGAAGGAGGAUGCAUAGGAAGUCACCAGAAACUUUCAGAGAUCAUUUCUGCAGAGUGGCUUCUGGGGUGCCUGAAUUUCCAUUUGACUCACUGUAUGCACGCACACAUACUGUCUGCAUAGGUCUGCUGCUUUUGUCUGUAUGGUUUGAGGCAGGGCUGGUAUCUGUGAGAACCUUUUAUUUUUUUUUUUCCUGUGUACAGAUUUGCUGACCUGUUCUCUUCUGGAACUGAUGCGCCCUUACGUUCCAAAGCAAAGGUUGUGCUUUGUUCUUCCUUGCUCUCAUGAGGUGAAUAUAGCCUGCAAGGAAGCACUCAAACACUUGAGAAUAUCAGGACCGUGCUUUCUUCAUAUAAUUCCAUAGUUGAAGUGUAUGCCCUUCAUCAAAUGUCAUAGCUGAAAGAUGUCAUUGUGGUUUAGACCCAAACCAGGUUGAUACGUAUUAAAACAAAAAUGUUGGCUCUUAAAAAAGGCAAUAGAAGGUGUGUCCUUCCUAACGUAGGGAGGUGAAAAGCACUGGGGCACAACUGGUUUUGUUGUAAUCAAAGAGUUCUUAUGAAAUUAUUUUUUUAGAUAUGGAUAUACAGGAAAACAAAAUGACCACUCAUUGCAAGAUGUACCUGUGUAUUUUCUUGAUGUGGCAUUGUGAGCGUUCAGCAACUCUGAAAAUCAGUUCUGCUCUUAGAGUUCUGUUUAUGCAGAGAAUGAUCAAGGUGCAUUGUUUUGAAAAUGUUACUUUGAGCGUCAAGUCAAGUGGGGAGAGAAUGUGAACUAUUCACAAGUGCUUUGUGAAAUUCCGGUCCUGCAUCCCAACUGAACUGCAACAGUCUCUUUCUGAAUGCUCCAAAUGUAAAUGGAGACUUGUUACUGCUUGCUUUAUUUCAUUGCAUGUCAUCACUAAAUACUGAAGGUAUGGUCUUUGUUUCAUAGUUCUUCACUGGGAUUUGUAUUUGACUACCGGGACUUGUGUAGUGUUGACAGGUCUGUCUGAAUAGCAGAAGAGGACUUGGCCCAGUAGCACUGCGAGUUAACAUUUCUUGCACAAGCUUCUUUUCAAACAACUCUCUUUGGAAAAUCUAGUAAGCUUAAAAAAAAAAGAAGGCAAACCCCUUUUGAACACAUCGUCCAUCCUAAUUGUCAGUGUACUGAUAGGUAAGAACAUGGCUUGGCAUCAUUCUAAAUUAUUUCAUUUAUUGAAAUGUGCAAUUUUUGAGGGUAGCAGUCAAGGGAUGUUCCAAACUGCCAUUAGACUUGCCUUUGUAUGAAAUUGACUGAUAUGUUUUCCUCUGUUACACUGUGAUAACUUGUGGAGGUGUUCUUGCAUAUGUUGUUACUUGUUGCAUGUAAAGCAAUUUUUGUAAGCAAGAGGAAUUCCAGGGAUGUUCUGCAAAAAAGGGCCUAUUCUGAGGUGAUGUACACUGUUGUAAAACUGGAGCAGCUCAACUGAUUUCAAUGGAAUUCUUGAUUUACACUAGUCUUUUUGCUAUGUGUAGUUAUGCCAGUACAAUUUUGCACAAUGUUAUUUGAAUAUCGCGAUCUGACUUGUGAACUGUUUCUACUGAAAACAGUGAAACUUUUACAAACUGCGAUAGCGGAAUGUUUUUGGCUUUUUUUUUUUUCUUUUUUUUUUUUUUGCCUAAAAUAAAAAGUUGUCACUUC